ACAUGGAAUUAUAGGAACUCUGGUUGAAGAGCUGUUCUGAAGGUCGUCCGCUGCAUGCGAUCAAUGCAAAGUGUACUUAAAAAGACAUUAGAAUUACUAUUGUUCUGGGCGUUAAUGUGAGCUCAUUUAGGGUACUCCCUAAAUGAGGGGUACUCAUUUAGGGAUUAUAGAAAUAAUGUUUAGUUCUACCAUAACCGUUCGCAAUGUGGUUUCAAUUUCUGCUAGUUCUUACGCUCUUCGACGUGUCCUUCGGACAGUACGAAUAUUCAAACUAUCCGGAGGAGGAUUCCAACUACCCAUCGGAAGCGUAUCCCAAUCCAGAGUACGAUGCCUACGGGGAAGCACUUCCCCAACCCAACCCACAGCCACAAUAUCCGGACUACAGCUAUGUGGAGACGGUGGAGACUACCACGGCGACCACGACAACCCGUCGAACGCAGAGACCGAAAAGACCCCAGGUGUUCCCUCCGACACCAACCUCACGACCCUCCAGACGAAGCAAUUCCAAAAUAGUGAGAUGGUACUUCCUGGACGAUCUGGGAUAUCCCAUCCGCACCGCCGUUAGACGUCGCUUCCGAACAGGAUCGCAGACCAGUUGGCUCCCGUCGUACUAUCGCAACAUGCUGUCUGGGUCACGCUCGCUGAAAGCAAAUGGAGCCCGAACACAGCGAGUUGAAUACUGGUGGUUAACCUAGGCCGCUCGCGCUUUGUCUGUUAUCUCCCAUUUGAAGAUGCAAUAAAUUGAUGCUCCGCUAUUGAAA